UAUGAAGGAAGGACUAGAGCAAAAAUGAGAGAGGGGGUGGGGAUGCAGAGUUAAACUUUGUUAAAUGUUUUAAAGUCAGUACUCAAACCAAGCUUUUGAGUAACGGAAUAAGUUAUGCCUUUCCGACGUGCUUUGACUGAAUGGCACGAGUUUGAAUAACUUGAACAGGCACUCAUGCACGGCGUUACGCACUGGCAGGAUUACGCGAGUUCAGCUCGAGGAAGGAUUGCACUACCUACAGCACUACCGAGUACUAACGUCACGGCGUCAAUGAAAAAACAAACAAAUUAAUACUUCACUCCGUAACCGACACUGUUACUCGAGCUUACUACAAGAUCUGUCAUCAGCCCACUUUCUUGUGAUCAACUCGAACGGCGCAGAAAAGGUUGUUGUGAAGAGAAUCAGUACCAAAACAAUCUCAAAAGAGUACAUUAAAUGAGAGAAGAGAAAAAAGACAAAAAGGAUAAAAGGAAAAUUUUGCCACAUUAAAAGAAGUAAAAGAAAAGGAAAGUUGCCAAAUUAAAAGAAGAUGAGGCCACCAAAGAAACAGAGAGGACGCACUGCUCUAUCCACAAGAGCAAAAGGAGCCAGAAAACGGGGGCGCAAGCUUGAUAGAAAUUCACGGACAACAUCCCCUGCAACUUCACCCCAAAAACAUACUCCAUCCCAAACAGAUAGCUCUCAGGACAAGCAAAUCAAGAGCAGCAACAUCCCUAACAGGGAGGGGCUAAGAGAGAAAAUAAGAGAAAUUACUGUGGAAACAUCAAAAUCUGAGGAGAAAAAAGUAAUAGUGAAUAAGGCAAAAAGACCCAGGAACAUGAACACAAACAAUUUAACAGAUAAUAUGGACUCAAUCAAGACAGCCAGCAAUCCGCAUGAAAAUUCCCAUAGUAAUAGCACAGACAUUUGUAACACAAACACACAAAACAUCACUUGCACAAAUAGUAAAGGUAGCAACCAACAUGCAAAAAGCACAGCUAGCAAUACACAAAACACAAGUACGACACUUAACAGUUUAAAUAAAAACUCUUUCAGUGGCAACCACACUUCCACCACAUCCUCCAGUCGAAAAACGGCCACUUUUAAAGCCAGGGUGCCCAAGAAGAAAUACAUGUAUGAGCAUCAAGCUUCCAGUACCUCCACCAGCUGUUCAACCCCUGUAGUCUCACUCACUCUUCAUAGCAAUCAUCUAAGUUCUCCACACAACUCCAUUUCUCAUAACAGCACUCCUGUGCUCAGAAAUGAUUUGGUCAAAGCAGAUAGUUCUGAUCUGGAUGUUGGUGGGAAUAGUAGGAAAGAAAUGGGCAAAAUAACAAGCACAGAAUAUACAAAAGGAGUUGGAACUGUGGGUGAUAUGUUGAAAAGUGAGGUUCCCUAUGAAAGAGAAAAGGUAGUACAAACAGUGGAUGCAGAUGGAUAUGGGGAGCAGGCCCCAAAUUCUGUGCGCUCAUCAUCCACAGACACAGCCAGUGAGCACUCUGUGGAUCUGGAGGUGCUUGAGCCUUCUGGUGUGCUGUUAAAUUCAGGGAACCAUGUAAAAGUGUCAAGAAGACUGCUGUCCAACAAUUCAACCCUGCCUGCCCUCCUGUCCCCUAAUCACACACAAAUUGUACAGGGAGGCUCUGCAGCAAUAGCAGAAGCACUUGCUAAAGGACUGAAAAACCAAAGGGUGCUAGCACGUAGACGACCAAGAACUCAUGUAAUAGAAGGCAAGAUGCCAAUCAAGCAAUGUGUAUUUAUUUGUGGUGUGGUGCGUGGGUCCAGUAGAGAGCAGCUGAAUGUAGAGUUGCAUAUUAACGGGGAGAAGACGCUGCUCUCAUAUCCAUUUCAUACUUUAGUAAGUCGCCAACACCAACCCAUUGACCUAAUUUUAGACGCUCCUCCUCCAGGCAAUGAACUUGUGGAGGUUGGGACACAUGUUUGUGUGCCUUAUGGAGGAGAUAAAGGUAAAGAGUGCUACAGAGAAGGUGUGGUGGCUCAGGUGGACUCUCAUUCAGCUCUUGCAAGUCCCUACAUGGUUCAUUUUCAGGAGGAGCUGGAGCUAGAGAAGGAGAGGGGCAGCAAUGGGGAGGCACAACAGACAUCAAGUACUCAGACGGUAUGGGUUGCCCGCCAAAAUCUGCGACUCCUUGUUCCACCGUGGGAUGGGGUUUUGAAAGAGAAAGAACGAGAGGAGAGAGAGCACAGUGAGGAGAUGGAAGUGGAGAGAGAACUAUGUCAGUUAAGUGAGGGAAUGGAUUUGGGAGCUGCAGGUCCUCCCAGGAAGAACUGUAGAUUCCCAUCUCCAGAGGUUCAUCACUAUAGAAGCACACAUCCUUCAUCUUCCACUUCACCAGCUGUAGUGAUAGUAGCAAACAAUAUGUUUAGUUUAGCUGCGAGGAGAGAAGUUGAGGGAACUGAGAAUAGUGAAAGUGUUAGAGAAAGAGAGCAUAAGCAAAAGCAAUUUCUGAACCCAGAGGUGGACACAGAUGUUUUGCAGCUCAACAUGGCACCACUCAGAGAUGUUGGAGCAAACUUAGUCACAGGGGGACCAAAAGCAGGUGGGCCGAAUCAGCACAGACAAAUUCUUUCCAAACCUCUUGGGUAUCCAAGUCCCAUUAGUGUGAUGCAAGGAAUAUCUGGGAAAUCUUUAGGAAGUACCCAGCCAACCCCUUUGCCUGCAAUUUUAGGAUCUGAUGGAGGGAUUUCUCACCCUAUGCCACCCUCUAUGCCUCCUUCCCCUAGCUCUAGAGGUUCUCUGACACCUCUGGAAAAAACACCUACACCUUCACAGGCCUCCACCCCAAUUCCAGGGAGUUCUGCCUCAUCUUCUGCUUCUUCCUCACGAUCAAGGACACCUUUGUCAGCUGUCCAACAGAAAUACAAGAAAGGUGAUGUGGUUUGUACACCUAAUGGAAUCCGUAAAAAGUUCAAUGGGAAGCAGUGGCGGCGCUUGUGCUCACGGGAAGGUUGCAUGAAAGAGUCCCAGCGUCGUGGCUACUGUUCCCGCCACCUCUCCAUGCGUACCAAAGAAAUGGAGGGAGCACUGGGAGAGAGAGGGAACGGAGGAGGUGGAGGAAGCAGCUCGGGGACCUUGACCCCUUCAGACCUACGGGGUCGUGCUAGUAGUGAAUUUGAUUGGGAGGAGACUUCUCGGGACAGUAGUGAGACAAGCAGCCGAGGUACUGACUCUCGACCACGCCUUGGCUUGCCAUCACUGCUUCCUCAAGAUUUAUCACGCUUUGAUGUUGAAGAAUGCGAGGUUGCAUCUAUGCUGGUAUCCCUGGGCAGCUCAAGGUCUGUAACACCCUCAUUCUCACCAAUUUCAAAUCAGUCUCCAUUCUCACCUACACCUUCUCCAUCUCCUUCGCCUCUUUUUGGGUUUCGUCCCACAAGCUUCAGCCCUAUCAAUCCCUCUCCAGUCCUUCCUCCUCGCCGCCACAGACACCCCAGUGGUACCAACAGUGGUGCCCCAAAACAUGGAACAGGAGGUGCAGACCGGGAGAAGGACAGACACUUGUCUGGUAUUGUGCCAUCCUUCCACACCAGUCUAACCUUCACUGUACCUAUGAGCCCAGGCAAACGCAGGACGGAUGCCCAACCUCCAACUCAACUUUCGCAGGAAUAUCCUAAACCUGAACAGGAUCAAAGCAGUCAUGACCCUCCUCUUGUAACUUCUGUCUGCAUUAUUUCUCCUCAGACCACUACUGUCACAAACACCCAAAGACUGCCUUCAUCCACUGCCCCUUCCCCACCAGCUUCCCACCUAAGCUUAGAGCCAGGUUCACAAUGUGCAGUCUACCAGCAGCCUUUGAGAGACUCUCCAGUAAUAGUGAGAAAUCCUGAGGUUCCUCUAAUAAAGUUUACAGAACUCCCACUGGCUAGAGUUGCAGAGGUGGACAGGAUUGGUUCCACAGAAAAUAGCCAAACUUGUGUACAGUUAGAGAAAGGACUACAGGUUCCGGUGCCAAUUAACAUUGCUUCUACCAAUGGAUCUGUCUUACUGCAGAACUCCACUUCAACUCUUGUUCUAGUGUCUACUACCUCUUCCAUUCCAAGCCCAAACCCUGCAGGUCUACCCACACAAUCCAAUGCUACCUUGGCCUGCAUAUCAGUGCCUAGCUCUGCUCCUGGGCCUGGUCUCAUUGGUGCAGGUGGAGGAGGGGGACAGGAUAAGAGUGGUCCAGUAACACUGCAGCAACCUGUCCCUUGUCAUCCUGCUCCAACUGCCCUGUUGCCGCUCAUACUUCCCACAGAGACCCUGCAUCCUGCGCCAUGCAAAGACAUCAUCAUGGGGCGACCAGGAACUGUGUGGACAAAUGUAGAGCCCAGAUCUGUUCCAGUGUUUCCUUGGCAUUCAUUGGUCCCUUUCCUGGCACCCACCCAAUCAGAUCCAUCGGCUCAGCCUGGUGAGGGCCAACAAAAUGUCAGUCAUCCGCAGACAGCCUCUCUGAAGAAAGAGUUUCAGAGCGGGUCAGUGCUGAAGGAGAUUAUAGAGGGAGCACCUAACCCUUCCUCACGCCCCACUCCCUCCACUGAUGAAGUGCCCCCGGAGAGAGAGAAGGAUGCGGAGAGAGAGAGACCUGACAGUGAAACUGAAAGUGACGUGGAUGAUCCGUUUUUCCCAGGUGUUCUUCCUGAUCCGCCAAUCUCUGCAUCUCCUGGAAAGCGUAGAUCACAGUCCCUCAGUGCACUGCCCAAGGAUGACAAAAACAGUCCUGGCAAGAGAGAAAAAGAUCACAUCCGGAGGCCCAUGAACGCAUUUAUGAUCUUCAGCAAGCGCCACCGUGCGCUGGUUCAUCAGAGGCACCCAAACCAGGAUAACCGUACUGUCAGCAAGAUUCUUGGAGAAUGGUGGUAUGCCUUGGGACCCAAAGAAAAACAGAAAUACCACGAUCUUGCAUUUCAGGUGAAGGAGGCACACUUUAAAGCACAUCCUGACUGGAAGUGGUGUAAUAAGGACAGGAAGAAAUCCAGUAGCGAGGGACGUGGUAUUCCAGGGAGCAAAGACAUCCGUGAGAGGAGCAUGUCAGAAACCACAGAACCUCCGUCUGUGUCAAUGGGGAUGGAACUCAAGGGAGUGGGUCCCAGCAUGGUGAGCGUGUCAGAGCGAAGCGGAGGUGAGGGACAUAGUCAAUUGCCUCGUCCCCGUGCCUUCUCUCAGAGUGCCAUGCACAGUCUGGAGAGGGGCAAUCCACAGGCACUAGCCGAGCUUACACAGAUGUGUGGUGAUGGUGCUCAGGUUUCAGGGCGGGGUGCUUUCUCACAGACACAGAGGGGGGUGAGUGAAGAUAUGACGAGUGAUGAAGAGCGCAUGGUCAUCUGUGAGGAAGAGGGAGAUGAUGAUGUCAUUGAGGACUCCUAUCCAGGCAGCUCCAUUGACCUGAAGUGUAAGGAGAGGGUCACAGACAGUGACAGUGAAAAUGGAUCUGGAGAUGAAGGAGAACGCAAGAGAGUUUUUGCUCCAGUGAUUUGCUCCUCAUCUUAUGGCCCUGGUCAUGGUCGGAGUGUGUCCCUUUCCUCCUAUCCCACCUCCAGACGCUUUAGCGAUGUAGCCUCGAAGAGGAAGCAAACGAUGGAGGGAGGUGAUGUAGAACGAAGGGAAGGUGACGAAGUUGUGACGCAGUCUCUUCCCCAGUCCUCUAGUCAGUCCAUCCUGGUCAGUUCUCAUGGGGGAGUGUCGUCAGUGCUUGGAGGAGUGAGGGUGGCAUCCACUGUUGUCACUAAUGUGGUGCGUCCUGUCAUCAGCACGCCGGUGCCCAUUGCCAGCAAAUCCUCUCAUGACAGGAAACCCGCUGCCCAGACACAAUUGCUCAUCGGACCUGGGGCCACAGGAAAUGUGGCGACACCCUCAGUUGGAGGGCGUAGUUACUAUUCCUCAUCUUCACCCAAUCCUGUUUGCGCAUCAGCAGGACAAGGGGGACUGGUGACCAAUUUAGUAUUGGGAGGCACAUUCCAGGCCCCACCCACUGUACAGCUUGUCACGCCUCCUCCACCAAACCCAGCCUCUCAUGCCUCAGCUCAUAGUAAUGGUCCACUGCCUCUGCCCUUGCUGCAGACGCACAUUCUCCCUUCUCCCUCAUUAGUGCCCUCAUCAGGCCAAAAACCGAUAACACAGGUCCAAUACAUUCUCCCAACCAUUUCUGCCAACAAUCCCAAGAGCCCCUCCCCUCAGCAGGCCAGUCAGCCAACCAGUAUCUUCACCCUACCCACAGCUUUGCCCACUCAUGCCUCACUGGCCAAUGAGAAGCAGUCGGGAUAUGUGUCCAGUCCUACUGUGGGAGUGGUUAGCCCUGGAACCAGAGUACAAACACAGUCACCAGUCUUGCCGGGCAAGAUGCUGGUUCCCAUGGCAACAGUGAGGGCUGCUCCUGCCCCUCCUCAGCAGUUUCCAUUGGUAGCCCCUCCUCUUCCUGUUCAGAAUGGAGCACAGGCAGGAAGCAAGAUAAUUCAGAUAGCUCCCAUGCCUGUCGUUCAGUCGCAACUCCCCUCUGCUGCACCAGUGCAACCUGGGAGCCCGUUUUCUGUUACUAUGGGAACAGCUACAGUGGUUGCCCCAGGCUCUACCCCAUCUCAGACCAUACUGCUACCGCCCCCACCAACUAGAAUCACUUAUGUACAGUCCACCCCUGGGGUUCACUCUCCUUUGCCAUUAGUUCCCACGACAACAGGCUCCUCCUCUCAGACAGCUUCAGCAGCACCUGGAUCUGCUUAUGUGCCAUCAACACUGGCAACCUUUGCAGCCAUUGCUCAUCCAGGGCAGACUUUAGUGCAGCCUCUGAUAACAGGUCAGCCAUCGCUGUUGGCCACAGCCCAGUCUCCCUGUGCACCUCAUGUUCCAGACAUCACCGCCAUCUACACCCCCACAAAUGUGACCUUGGCCACCGGGGUGGUGUCCAUGGCGACGGUAUCACCUAGUGUAGUGUACACGGUGUCCAGUCCAUCUAACCUAUCUCCUCACAUCCUUCCUAAGCACACCACAACAACCUGCAUGACCUCCAUGACCUCAGAUAGGCAGGUGAACGUGCCUGCACACUCUGAGCGUCAGUUGCACCAAGACAGAACACUGUAUUGGCAGCAUAAAGAUGGGCAGGUCUACAUGCAGUCCUCUGACAGGCAGGCUGAAAAAGUGUCUCUCUCUCAGACAGAGAAACUGUUCCAGAUACCUAAUAAAGGCAGCAGCUCAGCUGCGCCUCCAUCAGGCACCUCUGUGCCACUGCAACCUGGAAGUCCUGCUCAACCUUCUUAUUCUGGCAGUGCACCGGGGACUCCCAAACUGAUCACAGCAAGGCCUCCUCAGAAAGUGAAAGCCACAGUGGCCAACAUCCCAGUGGGCAGUUAUGAUGGAGGAGGGAGAGGCAAAGAGAGAGAAAAAGAGAGGGACAGGGAGAAAGAGAGAGAACGAGAGAAGGACAAAGAGAGUGCUAGUCACUUCUCAUUUGAGGUAGAAAAGCCAGGUGAGAUGAGCUCACCUGCAGCCCUCCCACUGGACGAGGGACCAGCAGAAGUUCCCGCUCAUCCUGUAGCAGAAGGUGGAACCACCAGUGGGCAUGGCAAAGAGGCAAACGCUAAAGAGGCUGAAUGGAAGGACUCCCACCCCUCUUCUCCAUUACCUCCCCCAUCUGGAUCAGAUCCUGCCCCACCUCAACCUCAUAGUGAUAAAGAUGCACCUCCUGCUAAAAAAAUCAAAGCUCGCCCCCCACCACUCAAACGACCUUUUGAUUCUGUUGACAAGGUCCUGUCAGAAGUGUACUUCGAGGAGCGCUUUGCAGAGCUGCCAGAGUUUCGUCCAGAGGAGGUGCUGCCUUCUCCAACCCUGCAGAGUCUGGCCACCUCCCCACGAGCUAUAUUGGGCAGCUACCGAAGAAAGAGGAAAAACUCCACCGGUGAGAACCUGGACUCAUCCACAGAAGAUCCCAUCUCUCCUAAAAGGAAAAGCCGUCGCAGAUCUAGCUGCAGUUCAGAGCCUAGCACACCAAAAAGCGCCGCCAAGUGUGAGGGGGACAUUUUCACCUUUGAUAGGCCAGAUGGAGAGGAUGUUCUAGGGGAGCUGGAGUUUGACAAGGUGCCCUACUCCUCUCUCAGGAGGACUCUUGAUCAAAGGAGAGCACUUGUCAUGCAGCUAUUCCAGGAGCAUGGAUUCUUCCCCUCAGCUCAAGCUACUGCUGCGUUCCAGGCGAGAUAUGUGGAUAUCUUCCCCACUAAGGUGUGUUUACAGCUCAAGAUCCGUGAGGUCAGGCAGAAGAUCAUGCAAACGGCAGCGCCAUCUGAAACUGCCGGAGCUUCAGACCUCUUAUCCUUACCGGGACCUUCAGAGGUGGUGGCCAGUGAAGGAGGUGGUGGGGCAGAGCCUCUGGAGAAAGAUGUGGAGCGAGAGAGUGAGCAGAACAGCCCAGAGGAGCCCAGAAAUGCAGGCAAUUCACAGGACUCCACUAGAUGAGGUUGAUAAACAAGCUUCUGCCUGAAGGAUGACAGGAUGGCUUGAAGACAAGAUCUCCCCUCUCAAUAUCUGCAUAAUCUACCUUUGUUGUCUUGUCUCUGCUAUUACCAACUCAGAAGGACAUAAAGAGAAUAUGCAAGAGUGACAUUUUCAUGUAAAUGGAGCAGAUGUGGGGAUAUGCCUCAAAAUGAUUUGGGGUUUUGAAACUUAAUUCUUCAGUAUUUUAUGUUACUAAAGAGACUUUGAAUUAUGAAAAGAUUUAAAGUAAUGUUGACAUACACAGACACUUACCUACUUAAACACAAAAACAUUUGCAUACACCAUAGUUCGUCUUGAAUAUACACACUUGAAUUUACAGCAUUAUCUUAGUCAUUUGGCUUCCUUUGGACUUGGAGACUAGAGGAUUGUGGGCUUGUCCUGUAUGCCAGUGAAGUCACGCUGCUGCUGCCUCUAGAAGCCGGGAUGUGCUAGGGCACCCAAUCCCUUUUGAGGCUGAAUUGUGUUUUUAUGGCCUGAUUGGCUGUAGCUUGGCCAAAGGUUCUUUUUUUAUUGGCUCAUGGGUUACUGCCUGUCAUUGUGAGGCUGGCCUCCAUUGGCUGAGUUUAAGUGAUAAUGAAGACUUGCUGUACUCAUAUUUUUUAUAUUUUGUUUCUCCCCCUGUGGUGUUUUAUUUUUGAAGACUUAAUGGAGAGCUUUAUGGCACUGAAUACCUUCAGUGAGGGACUAACCUUAAACUGUGUGCUGCCAUUCACAAACCUUUUCGUCCUAUGAUUGGCUUUGGUGGUUGUCAAUCAAACUGGAGUCAUUCCAAAACCUCUGAUUGGCUUGCCAUGAAGAAAGGUAAUGGAAGGGAAGUCAACAGGCACAUGAUAGCCAUUGAUUUAUGUUUUUCCAUAUAUUAAGAGAUUCCACAUAUUUAAACAUUUCUUUCCUUGCCUUUUUUAAUUCAACGCUUGAGCUGGUGAACUACCGAGCAAAGAGAAUGUUGGGAAUAUAUUCUUAAGAAUUGUAUUAACCUUUUAGAGAAAAUGAAACUUUUUCAAUAUGUAUCGGUAAUUCUACAGGUCAUUACAUUAUAAUAUUUCUCAUUUUAACUGUUCUUAUUAAUGCAUUGUUCUUGUGCAUCUGAUCCAUAUAACCUAUAUAUACUGUUUUCCUAUUAAUAUACUCAGAGGGAUGAGUUCAGGUGUGAAUGUUUUUUUCCACCCUCUACCCUUCCUCCAAGAGGCACUUCCACUACCUUUUUUUUUAAAUGUCUCUUUCUCUUGAUAGUCACAAAUGUUUCUUUUCUUACCAGGAAGUAAUUACAUUGGCCUUUAUUGUCAGACACUCCAACCUUCUUUCUGCUAGGUUUUUAUUUUUUUCACCACUUACAUUCCUCCCCUUCCUCAUUCCUCUUUCUGUCACUUUAGGCUGUGAGGUGUGACUGAGAGGCCAUCCAUGUUGAUUUUCUCCUGCAGCGCUGGUCUUUGUUGUACAUAAAUACAGAAGAGUCCAAAGACUCCAACCAGAAUAAAGAGCAUAAGCAUCAUUAAAAGAAACAAAGCCAGUAUGUGAAAUUAAAUUGUAAAAUAAAGGAUGAAUAAAGAAAUAUGGUUAUAAACUUUUC